CUUGCUGCUCUAGAUUUCCCGCCGCUCGGACGUUGUUUCAUCUAUAUAAGGCAGAAUCCUCUCUUUCCCUUCCCUCUGUCCCCAACCCGGCGUCCCACAGCUGAGCUGCUGCCGCCACCCGCACCGGCUCGGCAUUCUUUCGCCUUGUAUGGCCAAAUCCUUUGGGGUGGGAGGGAACCGUUUGGAGAAACUCUCUUCUCCAUUGGCCGCCCCGGCCGCCCGAUCCCGCUCUUUCCAAACUAGGGCGAUUAAAACAACAGCUAGUUAAUCUCAUCUCUCUGCAGGGAUCGGAAAAACGCUUUUCUCUGCAGGCUUUUAACAGCUUCUGUCUGACACAGCCCCCCCCCAAAAAAAUUUCUCUCAAGAUGUCGAGCAAACGAGCCAAGGCAAAGACCACUAAGAAGCGCCCACAACGUGCCACUUCCAAUGUCUUUGCCAUGUUUGACCAGUCACAGAUUCAGGAGUUCAAGGAGGCUUUCAAUAUGAUUGACCAAAAUCGUGACGGAUUCAUCGACAAGGAAGAUCUGCAUGACAUGCUGGCAUCGCUCGGAAAGAAUCCCACUGAUGAGUACUUGGAGGGCAUGAUGAGUGAGGCACCUGGGCCCAUCAACUUCACGAUGUUCCUCACCAUGUUUGGAGAAAAGCUGAAUGGCACUGAUCCGGAAGAUGUCAUCCGCAAUGCUUUUGCCUGCUUUGAUGAGGAGGCCACAGGUUUCAUUCAUGAAGACCACCUGCGUGAACUGCUCACCACUAUGGGUGACCGGUUCACAGAUGAGGAAGUUGAUGAGAUGUAUCGAGAAGCCCCCAUUGACAAGAAAGGCAACUUCAACUAUGUGGAGUUCACCCGUAUCCUGAAGCAUGGAGCCAAAGACAAAGAUGAUGAAAACUAAGAGAGUCCAGUUUCUGGUUGCCCCUGUUCAAGUCCCAUCCCCUUUGCUCCUCCUUGGAAGAUUCCCUGCUGCCAUGGUGGAGUGUCAGACAGAACGGGCUAAUGCUGAAAGGGAGAUGCUUUGAAUUAUUUCAACAGAAUUAGCCCUUGAUCUAAAUGAAGAAUAAGCUUGUUGCAUAUUCUCUCUCUCUCUCACUCACUCACACACACACACACACAAACACACAGGGAGAGAGAGAGAGAGAGAUCAUAAUUGAUCCUUUAUUAAGCUGCUUCUUGAUUUGGCAAGUCUCAUGGAGUAAGGUACUUAUAAAAUCUGCUCUUUCCAAAGAGUCUCAUUGCAAAUAUUUUUGCAGGGGGAGGAAGAGACACUGAGGAUGCAUCACACUAUUUGGCAGUGCAUGUCCAUCAACUAGCACUGGAUCUAAUGUAAUUUAAGGAGGCCUGAGUAUUUACCUAGACAAAUGAUGCUUCUCUUAUUACCACUAUUUAUCAUUUAUACAGCACUUUUAAACUUGCAAAGUGACUUACCAUCUCCAUUGUUUUCACCACCACAGCCCUGUGAGGUAAGGCACUAUUAUCCCCAUUUUAUAGAUGAGAAGCUGAGGCAGACAAAUAGCCACACAGAAAAACUCUACAGAGGUGGGAUUUGAAUCCAGAUCUCCCAAAUUCUAGAUUGAACUCCUUACAUGCUGGACCAUAUUGGGCUUUUCUUGCUGCUUAUAUUGCACCCAUUCAAACCACCAGCCUUGGGGUUGUCAUCUAGCCUGCCUGAGAUGACCUGAUCCAAGGAACACCUUGUCAUCUGAGUUUGGCAAAGCACAUUUCACCCACACCUCCACCUGUGGAACAGAGAGUCACUUGAUUUUCCCUUUGUUUUCCAUUUCAUCCCAAAUUUGUUUUGCUUGCGCACAUAACACUUGGGUUGUUAUGCUGACUGAUCCACCAAGUUUGAAAUCCUCUCUACACAUCCCACUUUAGCCCCAAACCCAGUGUUUUGUGAUUUCUUGUUGGCUACCUGAAAAAGUUGAUCAGGAAGAACAAAUGUUAAACCUCACCUGUCUACAUCCAUCCUGAGAAAGGUCUGAUUAUUUUUGGAAUAACUUACUAUUAUUAUUCCCUUCCUUUUAUCAAAAAGUAUAACUUUUAGAAUAUUGCAGAAGACCUUCUAUGACCACCCUGCUGGUUUCCCAGUCAAUAAAAUAAGGAUGUAGCCUGAACAGCUUGUUGACAAUCAGACCAAAGAUUUUGUGUUAAAGGAGAAAAUGAAAUUUCAUAUAAAGAUACAAUACAAAUAA